GAUUAUUCCAUAACCUUUGUUACAAUAAACUGUAACGUAAAGAGAGAAAUCAAGAGAGACGUUGAGCGCCGCCAUCAACGGUGGAACAAGCGUAUUCGCCGGCCGUCGCUGCUGCUUCCAUUUCCUGCUCGCAGUCGCAGCAGCAUCACACAAUGAGUUCUGUGAACACUGAAGAACCCCAAAAACUGGAAUCGGAGGCUGUUGAAGGAGAAGAAGAAAAUCAACAACUUCAACUACUUGUAGCUGAGGACAAACUCGCCUUGCAAUUCAUGGAUUCAGUGCAUAACUACCUAUCCCUCUUCGAUGCAUUGUCCUCCACACUUGGACAGGGAUGGCUGGAUUUAGCUAGUGCUCGACAUUCCAUGGGUGCUUCACGCAUUAAUAGCAGUUUAUUGGACCUCAAGUUCCAUCCAGCUGCUACAACAUCAAAGAUAGUCAAAUACCAAGGUGAACAACCAUGCUUCAUGUUGCGCAAAUGGGUAUCCUCUGAACAUGAAAAUUCUCAACUGGAAGACAAGAAUGGGAAGCUACAAGAUAGUAGUGCUGAGGUAACCGCUGCAAAUAACUUAUCAGGGCUUGCAGAUGAUGAGGAAGUUCAAAAGGAGCGAUCCAAGUCCUUGUCUGUUUUUGGAAUUUUAAUUUCCCCCAAGCUUCGAUCCACACAGCUUUCAUUUGAGAAAGCACUAGAAACCCUCAUAGAAUUAGCAAAUAUGCGUUCAUCAUUGAUACAUUCUUUUCACCAACUUCAUCGAGAGACGGAAGAUACUGAAGAAUGAAAAAGUAGCAGUUCUCUCAGGCUGACAGAAUUGUAUCUCAUGUGGAUGAUCAAAUUACUGUACUGGAAGACCGAGCAUUGCAAGGUUUUGGCGUUCAAUUUGUUGAUUUAUCAGAACACAGCAAAAUUUCCUUCCAGUGCUUAUUACACUGUGCAUCCUUUUCAGAGUCUAUGAGAUUCUACAUUAGUUUUGAACAGUUUACAGAAUGCCAUCAUGUUGGAUGAAACAAAUUCUUCAAAUAUGUUUCUAUUCAAUAUUUUUGUUUCCUUUUACUUUUUACUGUGAUGUCUCAUUGUAUUCAAAAGCACACUAUGAUUUGCUGGAAACUGUGGAAUACAUAGAAAAAUUGGCAGCGCCCUUGCAGUUAUAA